AUGCAGUCGAGACGAAACUCUAUGAUGGCACGUGUUUGCCGAAAGUACGCACGUGUUCCUGGUCAGCAUGGUGAUGGUAAUGCUCCUGCCUUCUAUCCUGUUGCAAUAAACCCUGGUUGGUGGGGUCAGCCCUUUGGAAAGGUAAAGGACGCUAAAGGUCAAAUUCUUUUCGUGUAUGGUAUUAUCUUUCCUUUUGCAUUUUAUUGGGUUUUUGAUGUGACGUUUGCCCAACGUACACGAGUAGCAAAUGUUGGUAAACGACCUUUGUACUCUAAUUUCUUUUUUAGACAGAUGGAUCUGGAUGACCCAGACUACGCCAUCAAGUAUGAGAUGUUACAAAAAGAAAUAGCAGAGAAUAAGUUGGAAGUACGAUGGGGAGGAACGAACUUUUUGGCAAGUUACUUGUGGGAACCCGGGGAUCCAGAACCGGAUAUUCGCCGUCGUGCUGCACCGGAGCAUCACUAA